AUGACGCUUGCUCAAAUUACACCAAAAGCUUUGUUUCCUCUCAGAUAUCAAGUUAAACAAUGUGCUCAUUAUAUAACAGAUUUUCAAGUUUUAUAUCCAUCAGGUUCAGUUAUAGUUUUGCAAGAUUACAUUGAAAAACGGCAGCGCUACAUAAAACUCUUCGAUAAAAGUCUUUUUCUGGAAAUGAUAGUACUUUCAAACAGUCGAAAAUAUGCUGCUAUUAUUCAAAACAGUGAAAAAGGCCAAAUAUUAAUAUUUGAUUUACAAACUUUAAAGAAAAAGAGAGUUUUAAAUCUUCCCCAUGAGUCCAAUACCAACAGAUAUGAAACAAUAUCAUUUACUCAUGAUGACACUUAUAUAGUGGCAAUCACUGGCGAACCAGAUUGGAACAUGGUAGUUUAUGAUUGGAUAAAAGGCAAAGUUUCAAGUAUUACUAAAGCUGUACCUCCAGGAGGUGGGGGUACAGUUGUUCAGGUUAAUUUUUUAUUAAUUGAUAUUGUUGAUUACACUGUUAGGUCAUUAAUUUCAUUCAGUAAAGGAUUUGUAUAUUCAUGUGGAGUAGGAUAUGUGCAUCUAUUUGAAAAAGAUAGAAAUAAAUAUAAAAAAAGAAAUGUUUUCGUUGUUAAAGAUGUAGUUUGUGAUUUUCACAGUCCAAAAAUAAAUACUGUCACUCAUUUAUCUGUAAAUUUAUCACAAGAUAAACUUCUGGCCACGACAAAAAGAGCUCAAAUGUAUGUGGUCAGAUUAUGGGGUCCUGAUCUUAAUGUCGCACCUCAAAUACCUUUUAAACACAUUGGAGAACCUCAGCAUCAUGGAUCUAUAAAUGGAUUAGCAACAUGCAUUUGGAAACCCAUAUUUGCCACUAGUGGAAAAUUCGAUAAGACAGUUCAAAUAUGGAACUUUGAAACUGAAUCAGUUUUAAUAGUGAAGCGUUUUUCUGAAAAGGUUUGCUGCAUUGAUUUACAUCCUACAGGAACUUUUAUUGCAAUCGGAUUUCCGAGCAAACUUGAAAUAUGUUUAAUACUAAUUGAUGAUAUUCAAACGGGACGUACUAUACCCUUUAAUCAGUGUUCUAUUUGCACAUACAGCUUUCACGGUAAUUUCAUAGCUGCGGUCAGUGGAAGCGUAAUAGAAAUUUAUAGUACAGUCAUGUAUACAAAUACUUAUACCUUAAAGGGACACACUGGUGAAGUUAACGAAGUUAACUGGACACUCGAUAAUAAAAAACUAGUUUCUUGCGGAGCUGAUGGUUUAAUUUUAUUUUGGGAUAUGAACAAAGGAGAACUUGUUCAUCAAGUCGAAACACCGGGAGUUUCUUAUUUAGACAUUGCUUUGUCCGCUGAUGGAAAGUUUACCUACGCAGUGGGUGAUGAUGGUUUAAUAAAAGAAAUAUCAGAAGGAAUUAUAAUAAAAACAAUAGAAAUGAAUCAAAGCGUAAUAAAUAACAUAGCAAUAUCACGAUCCAACUUUUUAAUGUUUGUUUCUGCGGGGACAUGCGAAAUAAUGUCUGUUAAAAUGCCAUUGACUAAUCCUCCAGAAUACGUAUUGCAUCCUUUUCAUGCUACAACAAUAACUGAGAUAAAAAUAACAUCCGACGAUUUAAGAUUGAUCAGUGUAUCCGAUGGUGGUUUUGUAAUAAUAUGGAAAAUAAAUUUAUCCGAAGAUAAAACCGUUGCUAUCGAGAAAAAUUUUGUUUACUCGACGGAAGUAUUAAUCAGCAAAUCUCAACUGGAACAACAUAUAUCAAUGAUGAAAGAUUUAUCACAGAAGCUGUACGAAAUGGAAAUGGGACAAGCAAGAGAAACGCGGGAUACGGAAAGUAAAUACUGUGAAAGCAUUAAAGAGCUCCACGAAAAUUAUUCAAUACUUAUUGAAGAGUUAAAAGAAAAAAUUGAAGAAACGGAAACAAGUCAAAAAAAACAAUUGCUUAGUAUGAAAAAAGAAAUUGAUGAUCUCAUAGAAAAUCAUAAAAUAGAAAAACAACAAAUGAUUGAAAAUUAUUCAUCGAAAUUAUUGGUGGAAUAUAAAAAAGUUGAACUUUUGGAUAAGUUAAAACAGGAAACAAUAAAAAAUUUCGAUGAAAUGUUGGAUGAAUUGGUUCGGUGCAAAGAAGAAGAAUCAAACGAAAUAAUUCAAUUUUACGAAAAAAAAUUGUUGGAUAUGGAAAAUGAAUUAAAAGCGUCUCACGAAGAAAAUAUAAAAAAUAUAGAAGAACAUGAAAUUGACAAACAAUAUUUAGAAGAUGAUGCCGAUCGUGAAUUGGUUGAAACAAAAGCAAAAUACGAAUUAAUUCUUAAAAAAGAAAAAGAACUUAAUUCGACGCUCAAAGAUGAAGCUGUUCAAAUGAAAAAAAAAUUUGCCGAAGCACAAAAGGAAAAAGUUGAUUUUCUCGUUAAAUUGGAAUUGCUUCAAGUCGAACAACAAAAAUUACAAUUAAACAUUCACGGAUUGGAAAAAGACAUAUCGGAUUUAAAAUCGGAAAUUGUCGAAAGGGAUUCGGCACUUAAAGAAAAAGACGAAAGAAUAUUUCUUUUGAGAAAAAAAAUGCAAGAAAUGGAAAAAUAUAAAUUUGUUCUAGAUUAUAAAAUAAAAGAACUUAAAAAUCAAAUCGAUCCAAAAGAUAGAGAAAUAAGAGAAAAAAAAGAAGAAAUGGUCGAUAUGGAAACGGAAUUGGCAAAUUUAAAAAGAAUAAAUAAAUCAUUGGAAUUGCAAGUGUCAGAAUUAAGAGAAAAAAUUAAUGGAACUGAAAAAGAAGUUAAUUUUUAUGAGAAAAAAAAUAAUUAUAGUAAUUCAACAUUGAAACAAAUUAAAAUCGAUAUUUAUUCUUUAUAUCAAGAUUUGGGAGAUUUUAAAACACUCAAAGAUGGAAUGAUGAAAUUAUAUCACAAAUACUAUCAGGAUGAUGUUGUUGUCGAAAAGGAUCGUCACGGUGAUACAGAUUCUCAAAGAGAAUUUUUAAGACAAAUUGAAUUUCUAGAAAAGACGAUAACUUCAUUAAGAAGUACUCUGCGGAAAAAUCAACAAAACAAAGCCGAUAAUCGUAAAGUUUUAAAGGAUAAUGUCGUUCUGUUGGAAGAACUUAAUUUAGUUAGAAAACAAUUGACGGAGACAACGGAGACGGUGAGAAAUUUAGAAAAAUUAAUCGGAGUUAAGAAAAAGAAAAGCGUUGCUCCCAGCGAAGCUCUUCACAGGAUAAAACAAGUUAUUACGAAAAAAGACGAGAUGAAAGGCAAUUAUGAUAACGUUAUAAAAGAUGCCGAAAGACAAACGGAAACUUUUAAUUUUAAAAUUAAACACGAAGAAGAAAAAUCUUCGAGUAUAUCUUUGGCUCGUCUUCCCGAAGCUUAG